CUACGCGUGGAGCCUGGGUUUAUCAGCCAGUAGGCAGAAGCAGGGCACACAGUGAGAAAAGAAAGAGCAAUAACGGGGUGACUGUUGCCAGAGAUAAGUGCUACUGAAUCAAUCAAGAUGAACCACAGCUCCAACGAGAAAGAACCUGAGACCAUAGAGCCACUGCGUUAUCUCAGUAAAGCAGAGGUGGCGACUGUUGAGACUGAGCUCCUGAAGGACUAUCGCUUUGGGCAGCAGCAGCUGAUUGAAAUAUGGGGCCAUGCGUGCGCUAUUGCCGUCACCAAGGCUUUUCCUUUGAGCUCUUUGAGUAAAAAGCAGCCCACCCUGCUGGUUGUUUGUGGUCCUGAGCAGAACGGCUCUAUCGGUCUGGUGUGUGCCCGCCAUCUGCGUAUAUUUGAAUAUGAGCCCACCAUUUUCUAUCCCAAGCGUUCUCCUCAGAGUUUGCAUCAGGACUUCACCGUUCAGUGCGAGAAAAUGGACAUCCCUUUCCUGUCCUAUCUUCCGACGGAGGUCCAGCUGUUAAAUGAUGCCUACAAUCUGGUGAUCGAUGCCAUCCUGGGACCAGAAACCGACCUUAAAGAGGUGAAGGAGCCCUAUGCUGGGAUGCUGGUGACUCUCAAACAGGUCAAAAUACCCAUCGUCAGUGUGGACGUGCCCUCAGGUUGGGAUGUUGAUGAACCCGCCAAAGAUGGGAUAAAUCCAGAAGUUCUCAUUUCUCUGACAGCUCCCAAAAAGUGUGCAACAGGAUUCUCGGGAAAACAUUUUCUGGCGGGACGAUUCCUGCCUUAUGACAUUCAGAAAAAAUACGAACUUAAUCUGCCAGAAUUCUCUGGCACGGAAUGUGUUAUAGAACUGUAGCCGUUUAUACAAACCUGUAUUUUGAAUAAAAAGGAUGCUUUUCCCCUUUUGUAUUUUAUAGAUUGUUCUGUGGCAUUCAGUUACUGACAAAUAUGACUAGAUACUUUGGGUAUAGUUAAGGUGAGUUUUCGCUGCUAAGAAGUGGGUUUAGAAUUAUCUAUUUAAUUUUGCAAAUGCUCGACUUGACCUGUUGAUUCUUCAAAAUCGCCAAUACAAUUUUGUUUAAUACAUAAGUCUUUUAAAUGUUGGAUAUAUUGAAAGUGCAUUACCCUGAUAGUGCCUCCAGUCCAAUGUGCACGACACCUACAAAUCCAAUGCAUUUCUGCUGGAAUUUUACUCCAAUACAAGUUUAUUCACCUGUACUUUUUUGGUAAAGUUGUAUAGUAUAUAUCUGAGGCUGACAAACGUGUAAAUCCUUUUUUUUUAAUUAUUAUUAUUAUACAUUCCUCAAUGUACAUGUGUUUUCUUAGUUCUUAUAGGUUGAAUGAAUAAAUUAUCUAUGUAAAAA